AUGGCAACUGCUGUCUCUUGUGCUUCGCUUCUGGAAGGCCCGAUGCUGAAGUUCUUUCCCAGUACGAAACCAUUCCCGUCCCCACCAAGACUUGAACCUGGCUCGGCGCACACGCAGAUCCCAACGUCAAGGCCAUCAAAGCUGGUAUCGCCUGAGUUCGACUUCUCCUUUCCUCAUGGCGCCAUUCCAGUGUCUUCACCUGGAGCCAUAUCUCUUUCUCCGAGGGCACCCUUACCACACCCAAGCCCGAUGUAUCGAGAACUGAACCACCCCGCUCGCCUUCCGGUCGACUCACUAAAUCGUGAUUACGGUUAUGAAAGGCCAUCCGAGAGUGCGGAGUAUCUCAUCGAAAGGAAAGGUCGUCGUACCACAGACAAGUACAAAGGAACCGUUCGGUAUCACUCGCAGAGGCGUCCCUCGAACCGUGACGAGUUUGAUGGCCCCCAUCAGUUCCUAGACCCGCCCUCACCGCAAGUGGUUGCUGCCCAAGGGCGAGACUUACCUCAUCUUCCUACUAAUCUUGAUGUCUCAGAGCAAGAUCGAAUCUUGGCCUCGGUGAACGACCGGCUGUCACAGUGCGCGUUUGAUUUCUUUGGGAAGUACCGAUUCCCCAUUCCGAUUGAGCCAGACAAGAGAGAGGUGAGGGUCCCUUCGGACCGGGAAUGGACUGAGUGGGUAUACCUUCUCAGAAGGCUAGCGACUAAGCGCCGCAUCCCCGCCAGAGUUCUCUACAAUGGGCAGAUAAAGCAGCUGAUUACGGUUUUGGAAAAUUCCCUGGAGAUGAGACAUGCUGCAAAGCACCAAUCGCGACCCAUCAAGGACGACCGAAAUGUCCUCCAGCUUAUCUCUGCCGGGACUCAAGUGGCUAAGCUCCUCAGGGACGCCAGUGCCGUCGAAUAUCUUGACCGUCUCUAUCUUGACACCGAGAGACGCAUCCAGGAAAGGCGUAGCCGCCGGAGGUAG